AAAGUUCUGUACAUUUAAAUAUAAAGUUUAUUAAGAUAUAGUAAAAUGUAUUCAGUUCAUUACUAAUUUCAAGUUAAAUUUCGGUUUUAAUUUCAUAAAAGUUAUAUCAAGAGGAUUAAUAAUCAAGUACAAUGGAUAAGCCAGACGAUACUUUUCGUUACAUAUACAGUUCAUCUCUUGAAGAAAGGGUAAAAAUCAAAGUUGGAACUUUAGAAGGUGAAAAACAAAAACCGGCUUAUGAAAAAUUACUUGAACAACCAUUACUUAGAUUUUCUGGUUUAUAUUCAGAAGAAUGUGCGCCACUUCUAGUUCAAAUUCAAGUUUAUAAUAAAGGACAACCAUAUUGUUUACCGGUAACAACAUCAUAUAAAGCUUUUACAAAAAGAUGGAGUUGGAAUGAAUGGGUAACAUUACCGUUACAAUUUUGUGAUCUUCCUCGAACUGCAGUUUUAGCUUUUACAAUAUUGGAUUGUAUUGGUCCAGAUCAAACUGCUGUUGUUGGUGGUACAGCAAUAUCAUUAUUUGGUAAAAAUGGUAUGUUUCGCCAGGGAAUGUUUGAUUUACGUAUAUGGCUUGAUGUUGAAGGUGAUGGUAAUUAUCCAUCAAAAACACCUGGAAAAGGUAAAGAAUCUAGUAAAUCACAAAUGCAAAGACUUGGUAAAUUAGCAAAGAAGCACCGUAAUGGUCAAAUACAAAAAGUUGACUGGCUUGAUCGAUUAACAUUUCGUGAAAUCGAGAUGAUUAAUGAGAGAGAAAAACGAAUGUCAGAUUAUUUAUAUUUAAUGAUUGAAUUUCCAGUAAUAUAUGUAGACGAUAAAAUAUAUUCUGUUGUAUAUUUUGAACCAGAUGGUGAUACAACUUAUAAAUUUGUUGCAAAACCAAAAAUGGUUACUGUACCCGAUCCAGAAAUAUUGCAAGAAAAUUUAGUUGAAAGAAAACAUCAUAGACUGGCACGUUCAGCUAGAUCUGGUUUAUCUGAUAAAGAUGCUAAGCCAACCGCACAAAUUAGAGAUCAAUUACAUACAAUAGUUUACAGAUAUCCUCCUACAUAUCCGUUAAAUAGCGAAGAACAAGAUUUGUUGUGGAAGUUUAGGUUUUAUUUAAGCAGUCAUAAAAAGGCGCUUACAAAAUUCUUAAAAUGUAUUAACUGGGAAACGCCGCUUGAAGCUAAACAAGCUCUUAAUUUACUAACACAAUGGACACCUAUGGAUGUGGAAGAUGCUCUAGAGUUAUUAAGUCCUUCCUUUACUCACGCGGAAGUGAGAAGAUAUGCUAUAAGUCGGUUAAAGCAGGCUCCUGAUGAAGAUUUGCUUUUAUAUUUACUACAAUUAGUUCAAGCUCUUAAAUAUGAAAAUUUCGAUGAUAUAAUUGAAUCAUAUAAGAAAAUUCUUCCAGACAAGGAUAUUGUAAAAUCAUUUGAUGAUAAUGGUUUUGACCAAAGUUCAACUUCAGAUUCAAAUAGCGGUCGUGGUGGAACGGCUUGUAGUACUGAGUCGCAUAAAUUAACAAAAAAGGCUACACAACAAUCUUUAAGUUCUAUUGGAUCUACCAAUAAUAUGCCAACUGGGCAGGAGAAUGCUGGAUCAGAUUUGAAUCGUUCCGAUAUUGGUUCUGAUAACUCAAAUACAUUGAUGGGUGACAAUAUACCAACAAAUAAAACUAAAAGUAACUCUAUGCCAAAUGAUUUAUCUUCAUUUUUAAUUGAACGGGCAUGUUCUAAUAGUAAACUAGCCAACUAUCUUUACUGGUAUUUAUCGAUUGAAGUUGAAGAUCAAGAAAAUGUACGAAAACAAGAUGAACGAGUUCGUAAUAUGUAUACAAUGGUAUUGAAAAUGUUUUUAAAAGUUUUGGAAAAUGGUAAUAGUAAAUUAAAAGUAAUUAGACAAAAUUUGGAUAAACAACAAAGAUUUAUAGACGAAUUAGUUCGAUUAGUGAAAAUUGUAGCUAAAGAACCUGGAAACCGAAAUAAAAAAACAGACAAAUUCAAGCAACUUCUGGCUGAUGCUGAUUAUUUUAAAAUUAAUUUUAAGAGAUUUGAACAUGAAAUACCUUUUCCUCUAGAUCCUGAUGUAAGCAUUACAGGAAUAGUUCCCGACAAAACAUCCUUGUUUAAAAGCGCUUUAAUGCCGUCUAAACUGACUUUUGUAACUUCGAUACCUCGCCAAGAAUAUGUAGCAAUUUUUAAACACGGUGAUGAUCUCAGACAAGAUCAACUAAUUUUACAAAUGAUAACUUUAAUGGAUAAAUUAUUGCGCAGAGAAAAUUUAGAUUUAAAACUCACUCCUUAUAAAGUUUUAGCCACUAGUUCUAAGCAUGGAUUUUUGCAAUAUAUUGAGUCCUGUACUGUUGCAGAUGUUUUAGCAAAAGAAGGUAGCAUUCAUAAUUAUUUUAGAAAACAUAACCCAUGUGAAACUGGACCUUACGGAAUAAGUUCAGAAAUAAUGGAUACUUAUAUAAAAAGUUGCGCUGGUUAUUGCGUUAUCACUUAUUUAUUAGGUGUUGGUGAUCGUCAUUUAGACAAUUUACUUCUUACUGAAAAUGGUAACCUGUUUCACAUUGAUUUUGGUUAUAUAUUGGGACGAGAUCCUAAACCCAUGCCACCACCAAUGAAACUUAGUAAAGAAAUGGUAGAAGCUAUGGGGGGUAUAAGUUCCGAGCAUCAUCAUGAAUUCCGAAAACAAUGUUAUACAGCAUUUUUACAUUUGCGUAGACACGCUAAUGUGAUGCUGAAUUUAUUUUCAUUGAUGGUUGAUGCUAGUAUUCCAGAUAUUGCGUUAGAACCUGAUAAAGCGGUGAAAAAAGUUGAAGAAAAUUUAAAGCUCAGUCUAACCGAUGAAGAAGCAGUCCAGCAUUUGCAAAGUUUAUUGGAUAUUUCAAUUACAGCUGUAAUGCCAGCAUUAGUCGAACAGAUUCACAAAUUAGCUCAAUAUUGGCGAAAAUAAGAUUUUAAGCGUACAUUUUAUAAAGACACUUUUGCUUUGUAAAAUAAAUUAUAUACAUAUAUGUUUUUAUAUUUUUAGUUUAAAUUUAAGAAAAAAUUAAUUUUUUUUAGAUAUUAAAAUUAUUAUGUAUCCACACUUAUUAUGACUUUUGACAUUAUUAAUUUAUAAUUAUGUAAAUUUCUAAAGCAAUUGGCAUUAUCAGUUUUAUAAUUUUUAGCACACUUGUAAUGUGAUUAUUUGGUUUAAUAAAAUUUUAAUGCAAAAGAAAUCAUA